AUGGAUGCAGUGCUUCGUUGUGGCUUUUCAUUCGAAACAAACGUACAACAAGACUCCAAUAAUCCAUAUUUGACAAAGUUCACCGAAACUUUGGCUAUCGACAAUCGAAAACUACUGUUUGUCAAAGUGGCCAGUGUACUACCGACACUAUGCGGCUUUGUUCUUCGAAUUGUUCUAGCUUUCAAUGCAUUGCUAUUCAAGUUGAACAAAACAUUUUCAUUUGUUCAUUUUCCCGAGUUGCCCAUUCUCUGGCUGAUGGCACGUGCUGGUGAACAUGUUUUACAUGCUCGACGCGAUGUUAACACAAAUGGUCGUGUUGAUCUUCUUCAUCUUAUGCUCGAUGCAGCCACCGAUCAGAUUGUUUCGGACGAAAAAGUGCAACGUGAUGAGAACAUCGAAGCAUCAUUGACACCACGACUUACCAAUGUCAACAAGUUGACAUACGAUGAAAUCAUAGGCAAUAUAUUUCUAUUUCUAGUUGCCGGUACAGAGACAACAUCAACCACGCUUGCUUUUUGCACAUAUGUGUUGGCUACACAUCCUGAUGUACAGCAAAAGUUACAAGAUGAAAUUGAUGCAAAUGUUGGCGAUAGUGCUCAGUUAUCGACAUACGAAAUAGUCGACAAUUUAGAAUAUUUAAAUAUGUUCAUCAAAGAAGUAAAUCGAAUGUUUCCGAUAGCACCGCUCGUCACUAAUAGGCUCUGCAUUCAAAACACCACAAUCGGUCAAUAUACAAUAAAAGAGGGUACAAUCGUGCAAGCCGAUGUCUACAGCAUCCACUAUGAUGCUGAUCUCUGGGGUCCUGUUGAUCCAUAUAAGUUUCACCCCGAACGGCAUGCGGUCAAACGACAUCCACUAGCUUACUUGCCUUUCGGUGCUGGACCACGUAAUUGUGUCGGUAUGCGGUUUGCUCUGCUACAAUUAAAGAUGGCCUGUGUCCAACUUCUAAAAAAAUUUACAGUUUUGAAAAGUGACAAGCUCGAAAACACUUUUCGCAUCGUCGAACUGACAACGAUCGUACCAGAAAGUGUAUGGAUCAAGCUUCAACAUCGUACAAAACCUCAUUGAUUGGUAAAAAUAAGCUUAAGCUUAGAACUCUUUAAUGUACGCUUAAUAUAUGAGAGAAAAUAAAAGUAUUUUUGAACUGACAAACAGACCGUGAGCACGGCUCGUUUUAUGGGUGGAGAGUGAUCAGUAUAUACCAGAAAAGAACGUGCAUGAGCAAAUAGUGCACGCUUGGUGAUAUCGCCGCCAAUUUGCAUAUUGGAUAUUGCAUCGAGGGAUUGUCACAUCAUGUUGACAAGUAUAAUCGAUCAUCACCAAUAAGGUUGGCUAAGGAGCAAGGAAACUGAAUAUUGUAAACGAGAAAAUUGUCAUUUAAAUGUUUCUAACGUUAGAACAUACAGUCAUCAUCAAUCUGUUUUGCAUUUGUUUCACAAUAGUUCGUCUUGAUUCUAUAGAAAAAGUCUUCGUGGUAUAUCUAUAUAUAUAUAUUAACCGACAUGAGCUGUAUACCUACACACUUAAUAUUCCGUCAAACAACAAUCACUUAACUAUAAGCGUAGUGUUGCGUGUGGGGGUGGGUGCAGGUGUGGAUGCGGAUGUGAGUGUUGAUGAAAAUGCCUGCAGUUGUGGGUAAGCUUGAUUUUGGGUGUGAUAGUGUGCUUGUGGGUAUAGACCAAUAGAAAAUACCACCAACAUCCAAACUGACACUACAGCACGCGCACACUCAUACGCGCAUCCACCCGCACCAACAUUUACACCCACUUAUACCCGUACCUGACAUCCACACUCUAAACGGUUAAGUUUCGAAAAUAAGUAAAGACAGAAAUAUUUUUAUGAAAUAAUGAUCAAAACAUUUAUUUUGUAAGCGAUUAUACAGUUAUCAAUUAGCACUUCAAUGUAUGACGCUAAAAAUGUUGCCAAAAUGCCUUAAAUUUCAAUUUCUGCAUGAUUCAAAUGCAUAAGAUAGAAUAGGCGUGAGGACGCUCAUAAAACAAACUUUUCAGACGCUUUCAUCCUAAUAUAUACACUAUUAGAUAAAAAUCCUUUCUACGCGUUGAAACUCAACAGUAAAACUUCAUGGUGUUCACAGCACCAUUUUUUCCAAAUACGUUUAAACACUGAGUAAAAGACUGCUUUCGAGCGUUUACAUGUGUUUUUGCAAAAUCUUAUCUGCUUGGGUAAGAAAUCUUCUAUCGCAUUCAUUAAUUAACAUUCUUUGUAGAUUAGCAGUGCGAAUUGAUUUUUAUGUACUCAUAAAUAGUUCUCUAUCUUUAACCUUCAAAUCUAACGCUUAUAAAAAUAGCAUUUGACAAAGGAAAAAACUUCAAGACCAUUCUUGGCAUUAUUUCGCUUUUCGCGACAGUAUCAUUACUCUUCUUGUCUUCUUAACUUCUUCGUUAUCUGUGCCAAAAUAUUUCGCCGCUGCAAAGUUCUAUUGCAGAAAGCCGAUAACCUAUUGUUCUAUCGAUGUUAAAUUGGUUGUGAUAUCUUGGUCGACUUUCGAGCACCACGAAGAAAUCUUAUCUUUUUUGCCCAAAUAAGCAUCAAAACGCUCUUUGAUGAGGCCUCCAACAGAGUAUCAACUUUGUUGGAAUGAGCGAUCUUCUGCCAUGGCAACAAAGAGUGUGGCUGUGGCAGUGGGUGUGAGUGUUAGUGGGAAUGUCUGCAGGAGUAAGUAAGUUUGGUUUGGGUGUGGGGUGUGGGUGUGGAUCUCUCCCUUCUCUCACACCCACAUCCACCCAAACCCGCACCCAUAUCCACCCCAACUCGCACCCACAUCCACACCCUACACUCACACCCACACCCACACACCCACACCACACACCCACCCACACCCACACCCCACACCCACACUCACACCCACACCCACACACCCACACCCACACCCACACCCACACCCACACCCACACCCACACCCACCCACACCCACACCCACACCCCACACCCAAAAUGCGGCGACCCAUCAUUUUGUUCAGAAUUUUGGGCUCUUUAAGAUGGCAUUGUCGAAAAAUUAUUUCAACAUCGUCUUCCCGGACUUGAAAAAUAUGGUUUUUGGUUUUCUAGAAAUCUUUCCAUCAUAGUUCAUUGAUGACACUCUGCUAUAAAGUGCAUUAAAUAGGCAACUUCAUUGGCUAUUAGAAUCACUAUUUGGAUUUGAGCUAACUGUUUAGUAUUAUAGAAAAAAAUCAAAAAUAAAGUG